UCUCUCUCCUUUUCGUGACAUUUUGCGAAACAUAUCGCAUUCGUUUCCUGUGAAAAAUUUCCAAAAUAUCGCAUUAGGGUAUGGUCGGUAAAGUUAACCGCUCGAAUAACCGUGAAUUAAAAUCAAUAAUCGUGGUUAAGUUUUUUUGUGCCAAGUGCAACUAAACAAUCAAGAUUCCGCCGAUAAUUCAAAGCCUACCCAGUGGGUGGCUGAAUUUGGCAGCACCGGGCUCGUCCGGCGCGUGUGCCAGUGCCGGGCCUCACGCGCGAGUGAGCCCCUGUAGAGUCGCGCGGCCGCGGCCGGCGUCGCGCUGCUGGCGGCGCGCGCUCAACGUAGACCCGCCCUGGCUGCGCCGUGCGAGGGCCCGCUGACGCCAUACCACCGACACUUCCUGACAUUCGUUGACUAGCGCUAGUGGGCCCCCUACACCAGGCUCAGCGUGCACGUGACACACGACCCCCCGCGCGGCCCCCGGCACACGGACAGCACAAGAUGAAGGUUGUUGAGGAGGAGCAGCGCGUCAGGGUCAUGGACGGCCCGUGGUCGCCCGAGGAGGUCAUCAGGGAGAUCGUGGACGGUGGAGUGCAGGAGGACCCGUUCUACGUGAUGGACUUGGGUGAGGUGGUCGCCAGGUACCAUCAGUGGAGGGAGCUGAUGCCGCGCGUCGAACCUUUCUACGCCGUGAAGUGCAACGACGACAAGCUGCUGGUGACGACGCUGGCGGCCCUCGGCGCCGGCUUCGACUGCGCCUCCAAGGCAGAGAUCGAGCUCAUCACCUCCAUGGGAGUGCCGCCCGAGCGAGUUAUAUUCGCGAACCCGGCCAAGAUGGCGUCCCACAUCCGGUACGCGUCCGCCGUCGGCGUCGAUCUGAUGACCUUCGACUCUGAGACCGAACUCAUCAAGAUCAAACACUACAUGCCGCAUGCGCGGUUGGUGAUCCGCAUCCGCUGCGACGCGGCGGACGCGCAGUGUCCGCUGGGCAUCAAGUUCGGGUGCGACGCCGUGUCCGAAGGCCCGCGCCUGCUCAAACUCGCCGCCGUGCUCGGACUGGACGUGGUGGGCGUGUCGUUCCACGUGGGGUCGGGCGCGGGCGAGUGCGCGGUGUACGCGCGCGCGGUGGCGCUGAGCCGCGCGCUGUUCGCGGCGGGCGCGGCCGCGGGGCACCGCAUGGCGCUGCUCGACGUCGGCGGCGGCUUCGCGGGCGGCACCGGCAGCGACCUGCACGAGGUGGCGGGUGUGAUCAACAGCGCGCUGGAGCAGCACUUCCCGGACCGGAGCGUGCGAGUGAUCGCCGAGCCGGGACGGUACUUCGCCGCCGCGGCCUACACGCUCGCCACCAUGGUGCACGCCAAGCGAGAGCUGCUGGGCAAGGAGGGCGAUGAGGAGUCGCACACGAUGUACUUCAUCAACGACGGCGUGUACGGCUCGUUCAACUGCGUGCUGUACGACCACCAGCACGUGCGCCCGCGCCCGCUGCAGGCCCGGUCAGACAACCUGCUGCCGUGUUCCGUGUGGGGUCCGUCGUGCGACGGGCUGGACUGCGUGCUGCCGGCCACGAGCCUGCCCGCGCUGGCGGUGGGCGAGUGGCUUGUGUGGCGAGAUAUGGGCGCGUACACCAUUCCAGUGGCGUCACCGUUCAACGGCUUCCCCUUGCCUACUGUGAAGGCGGUUGUGGAUAGGCGGCUGUGGUCGAUGUUGCGCGAGCUGUGGCCGUUGUCGGCGGCGGGGCUGGCGUGCGAGCCGCCGCGCUCCGACACCGGCGCGACCGACGUCGUGUCGGACGGGUCGGACGUCGUGUCGGACGCGUCGGACGUCGUGUCGGACGCGCACCAGCUCUGCGCAGUGUUCGUGGAGUGCGCGCUCAAGUGAACGCACGGAGCGCGCUCACACAUUUAUAUAGCGGAUUGUGAGGUUUUAAAUGGGCAUAUAUCCUGAACGGACCUCGUUUGUACUGACUUUUAUAGAUUUUAAGUGGACGUAACACGGACAGUAGCGGUGUGACGUAUUUAUACGUUAUUCUCAUACCCCUUUUAGAGGUUUCGAAGUCGACUAACCUGAAAAGGUCGGUGCAAACGGGGCAGUGUCUUUGGUUAACGGAGUAUUUCAGUGAACAAUCCCAAUACCUAUCUUCGGAUCAAUGGUAAAAAUAAACCAAUCAAAAUGAGUCAUUUGUGAAACAUCAAGCCUUCUGAUUGGUCCAUUUUCGCUAUGGAUCCGACGAUAGGAUAAGUUGGGAUUGUUUAUUCAAAUAUGCCGUAAGAUAAGUAAUCAAAGACAACUUCAGGAUUGUUUCUAGGUUAGGAGUGUUACAGGGGUAGUUGAUACGCGUGAUUUAACCACAUUUUUGGUGGCGUUUAAAACCUCACAAUUCGCGAGUUAGCUGAUAUGUACAAAGCAAACGUAGACUAAAAAACUAGUUACAUAAAGUUGAUUUUACGUUGCAUAUGAUCGAAAAAAUAUAAAAAAUUGGGUGUUUUAAUUAUAUUUUUAAAAAUGGUUGGAGUGAAAUGGAUUUUUCUGUAAUUUGUCUCGGACUUAAAUCGUCUGCUUUGUACAUGUCAGUUACUGAUAGGCCAAAAGCAUAUUUAUAAGUAAAGUGCGCGGUAUCUACGCAUUUUUUCAUGUUCCUUUCGUUUGACCCUUCCAUAAGUUCAAAUUGAGUUUUGUGACAGACGUGAUUUCAUGUUUAUUAUUGAGAAAAUCGUUGAAAAAUUAUGUAUUUUUAUGUAUUUAUCGAUGGUUCUUGUUUAUUGUUAAUAUUUGUUUUAUUUUCUAACAUUUUGUACCGAUUUGGUAUUUUUAUUUUGACUUUUCCCUUAUCGGGCUCCGAUUGUAUUGUGUUGCGGAUUUUACAGAUGGCGCUGCGUACGCUUCGUAAUUUUUUUUUUCUAUUUUUAAGUUUUAUAAAUUGUAAAAAUAAUCAUGAAAUUUUUAAAUGUAUUUUAACGCAUAAAUAUAUUGUAUGCAGUGUCCACAAAUGAAUAUUGUUUAUCCAUUUGCAUUAACAUUAAACUAACCAAAAGUUACUAAUUGCAAAUGUAUGGAAAUUGAACUUUGAUGCUUUAUACCACCUUAAAAUCUGGCCGAGUGACUGCUAAACACAAUUUUGAAAGCAAUCAAAACAGAGUCUAGCGCGCUUAUGAAUACGGUACAAAUUACCGUGAUGAAAACUAAGCUGGUUUGAAUCAUUCAUGUGUCAUAGUACUUUCAGCUGUAUGCUAAAUGCUCAAGAUUCAGUUUCAAUUGUUUUCUUAUAUAUAUCGUCCAUACAUUUGUCAGUUAUAACUAGAACAUUCCCGAUUGCCAUUUCACGGAUACGUUUCGAUGUUUCGCCAUUGUCACUAGAAGUUUACGAGUUAUUUGUAGCGAAAUGCUUUUUGGAUUAUAAUUUGGUGAAUAAAA